GCCAGAAACACCCACCUGCUGCAGGAAGCUGGAAAUAUCCGGCGGGAAUACCGGCACUCAAGCCAAGGGGAGAGCAGACAUGGACACCAGGCCAUUGGCGAACCACAGCUCGAGUACACACCGGCAGGCCAGCCCCCCGACUGAGACGAGCAGCUACCCGACACUGAGUAAUGGUGAAUGCCUCUGCUGCCAGAUUCCCCCCAUACUUCCCAAUCGUGAAGGGCCAAAGCAGCG